CCAAUGGGUUUUGAGAAGUAGGAGAGAGGACGCGAGGAGAGACAAUUGAGAUUCUCCCACAGUUUGGUAUGAGGAGGAAAUCUUUGGGCGCAUUUUUUUUMGGUCAGCACGGUCAUCUAGCUAGCUACAGUCAUACAAUAAACGAUGGCAACGUUUUUCGGAGAGGUUUUAUCUGUUUACUCGCGUGCAGUCGAAGAAGACGACGAUGAUCUGGAUGAUGAAAACGAAGAUGAGCAAAUUCACAGAGAGAUAGAAGAAAAGAGGGAGGUCCAUAUUGCGUGGUGCCCUGAAGUCGCACAAUCACUUGAGGACUCUGGCAGCAACAAAUUGCAAUGCUCAGACCUCAUCAUUGCCGUGGGCACUAAUGCUGCAGGAUUUCUGUCUGCAUAUGUGUUGAACACUGAAAGCUGGGAUGCAGUGGGCCAUGUGUCACUAUGGAAUGAGAGGAGUAGGGGCUCCAGUAGACAGAGCAUUGCCCUACUGCCUGGAGAGCCAGCCUGUCUCUUCUACCGACACAGGGACAACCCAGCAGUCCUGGUCUGCCAAAGCACUUGUUACAUUGCGGAGGACCAACUGUUUCAAUGGACAGAAAAGGUGUUUGGCUGCCUCCAGAAGAGAGGGCUCAGUGUGAUGGUGCUGUCGGACAGCCCUGUGGCUGAGUACAAAACGCCAGACUACCUCUACGGUAGCGCUGUCCCUUUCCUACGCUCCCUCAAGAGCAGUGCCUCCGAGAGCCAGGCCCUCUGCCCUGCACUAGAGCAGCCAAACAUCCUCACUGGACUGCCAGCUGCAGUACUGAGCCACUGCCAAGUCCAUCAGAUUCCAGCUGUUCUUUACCAAUGCUACACUGAUGUCAUCAGCCCAGACUCUAUCACCAUGGAAACCUACAAACCUGCCCUGUUGUGUCUAAGCAAGUUGGUCAAGUUGGAGCCUUGUCUGAGUGCUGACGUCCUCCGAAAGUUUGCCAUAAUCACUGAGGCUCAGAGUAAUCUGUAUACUUAAAUGUGGAAGAUGUAUUUGUACUGAAUAGGCUCUGUAUUUGUCUUUUACCUAAUGAACAGGUUCACUUUAUUUUAACCAAAUCUGUAUUUUGGAUGUAUAUGGCAUUUUAUAGAAGUGUCCAGACACUUUUUUGCAAUUUCACUUGGUUUUGAGAAACUUACCCCACCAGCCAUAGACUUCUUCAUGCUCGUUCUGCAGUUGCAGGGGCACAGAUAUAACAUGAACAAAAGCUCCAAAAACACCCAAAUAUAUGUCCUUUUAAAAACAGCAUUGCUCUCAGUAUAACGAUGCAGGUCUUUAGAUGUCAUUCCAAACUUUUCAUUCUAAUUUGUUGGACUCGAGCGAUACUUCUCAGUGUAGGCCUUCUCUUGGCAUUGCUCAAGACCUGCAUUGCUAUACUGAGAGCGUUACCGUUUCUAAAAUAAUGUGUUUGGGUGUUUUUGGAGUGUUUGUUCAUGUUUUAUCUGUYACCCUGCAACUGCAGAACAAGCAUGAUGAAGUUUAUCGCCAGUGGGGUAAGUGUCAAAACCAAGUGAAAACUAUAAUAAAAAGUUUGGACACUUCCAUAACAUUCCAUUUACAAAAAAAAUUWACCUUUCAUUUAAACUAUAACAUAAUAUGUAAGUAAUGUUUUAAUUUGGAAGAAGUGAAGGGCACCUUCAUUGAAAAUAAAAAGGUGCAACACUCUCAGCAAGACCACUUCUUCUUGGUCACAGAUUGAUGAAAUCACUUUGUGCUUAAAGGUGAAGUAACGGGUCUGCACACAUUUGAAUUGUCUCUGUGCUGCUCAGUGGACAUUUAGGAGAAAGUUCUGUCAGUUAUAUGAAAUAGUGCCAAUAUUGAUUGUACUGUAACGAAGUAUGAUCAUAUUUAUUUUAGUUAUAAGAAAGGUGCAAUUUUAUAGUAAGUCAUUUAUAAUUUGAUUGUUACUAUAUUUACAAAGCAUCAGUCAUUUCAAGCCCUAUUGCUCCACUUUUGUUGAAUAGAAAGAAAAAAAUCCAGUUUUUUUCUUAUUAUUAUUUUCACGUUUUUACUAUGUACUUGAGCUUGUGUCCUCAAAAGUGAGUACACCUCAGCAAUUUCAACAACAAAAAAAUUAUCAGAAAGGUGAGUUCCAGACAUUUCUAAAACUAUGCAACAUUACCUGUUGUUGUUUAUGGCCGUCAUUCAAAUUUUUUUUGGGGGGGGGUAUGUCUAUUUAGGCGGAAAUCUACAGUUUGCCCUAUCAUUCAAGAGGUAAUUAAAAACAACUUUCAAGUAAUGUUACAUUUAAAAUGUAAAUAAACACCCUGAAAUUCU